AUGGAUUCUGAGUCGGUUGCAGCGCAAAAGUCCCCGCCAGAUAGCCCUCGCGAGCUGCGGCAGAUCUUCUUUAAGGCGGGCGUGCCCAUGACGCCCAAGGAGUAUCUGUGGCCUGACCCUAUGGCUUCCGCGGCAGAAACACCUGGGAAACCACCUGAAGGACCACCUGAGGCGCCACGUGUGGCACCUCACGGCGAUUCGUCCAACCGCCCCGCGUCGGAAUCGUCUGCUAAAAUCAAGGACCCGUGGAGAUCGUCAGAGCAUCAUCCUGCCGUCGAUUCGGCGGAAUCGUCUGCUAAAAUCAAGGACUCUAUAGCGGCUCCGGAAUCUGUUGCAAGUGCUGCUGGUGGUAAGGCCACGGACCCGACUGGUGACAGCCCCGAUGCAAGAACACAGGAAGACAAGAGGUCCGAGGGGGAGGGAGGGGUUCUCUCGUCUAAAGCCCCCACUUCUAGCAAACGGAGGUAUGGCAGUGGACUGAUGCUUCCCCGGUCCUUGUUCAGGAGGAGAGGGCGGGAUAGUCAUUCGGGGAAGGAACGUGAGUUUGAGAUCGAGUCGGGGAAAACUGUAGAGGAGCCUCAAACGGGGCGCGAGGUUGCGUCGCGGGAGGGGAGGGGGGUUGUUGGAGGGGCGACGGGUGAGGAAAUCCGUGCCAUUGAUGUCGGCAAGCCGCUGACGGCCGUCGAUCUUGGACUAGAGAAGAGAGGCGGAAGGGCGGCAGCGGGAGAGAAGAGGGCGGAGGGGGAGAGGAUUAGCGCGGGAGAGAGGGGAGGGAAGGCGGAAGUGGAGGUGCAACCGCCAAGUGAAGUUGUGAGGAAGGAGGAGCGGGGCUUAUCUGCUGAGAGUGAGGGGAGUGAGGAGAGUGAAGAGAGAGAGGAGGGAGAGGAGGGGGAGAAGAGUGAGGCAAUCGCUACUAAGGGCAAAAUCGUGGGAAGGGAGGGAGUCAAGGAAGGCGGAGGAAGUGGGGAAUCAGGGAGGGAAGCAGGGGAAGGGCGGGGAGUGGUGCGAGGGCAGGAGGGGAGGGCUGGGAUGGCUGGUAAGGCGGAGAGGGCGGAGAAGGCGGAAGGUUCGGCGGGAGUCAUGACGCUGAGGCGCAUGAAGGAUGCGCUGAGGAGCGUGCUGUGGCCCCAGCGGGAGCAGCUGACACGUAUUCGUGCACCAGGCCCUCCAGUGGACGCGCCUCCCUCUCCUCUCAGCCGUGUGCCUCCCAAGCGCACUGCCAGCCUCCCCAGCGACACCCCGAUGCUCGUUCCUCACUGGCUUCCUUUUCAUGUCCAUCCCCCCACAUACCAUGCGCUUUUUUCAGGCGCUCCAGUGGGCGCACCUCUUCCUCCUCCGCCGGGGCACGUGCCUCCCAAGCGCACUGCCAGCCUCCCCAGCGACACUCUGCUGCUGCACCACGAGCUGCCUGCUGUGCCUCAUGAGAGUUCUGCUGAGAGGAAAAGGCCUGCAAGGCCAAGGCUGAAACUCCCUUUCUUCUCCCCUCCUGCGCCAGCCGCUGUCUCUGCUGCUCCCAAUGGUGGUGCUUCUGCCUCUACUGCCCGUACCCCCCCUCGCCUUGAUCUCUCUGCUGCUCCUCCCUCCCCUGCUGCCGAAGCUGCUGAGAAGCUUCGGGAACGGGCGAGACGGAUGGGACUAAGGCGUCAGCCGCAGUUUAAGACGAAGGGAGAGCAGAAAGGGGGGAAGACUGAGAGGAAGGAACAGGUGGAGGGAAGGGGGCGGAAGGAGAGGGAGGAGCAAGUUGAGGGGGUGUUUACUGCUGCGGAGAGGGAGGAAAUGAGGGACACGCAAGGGAGCAUUGAACAGGCAACCAAGGCACUCAAGGGGAGGUCAUAUAGUCUUGGAAGUCCGGGAAAUCGUGGCGAAAUGGGUAAGUCGGUUGAGCCGGUGGGUGUUGGCCCGGUUUUGAGUGGACGAGAGUUGAAGCAGAUGGAAGGGACGCAGCAGAUGGUGAAGUCUGCUUCUUGGAACCUGAAGUGGGAUGCCGAGGAGUUUAAAGAAGAGUAG